AUGUCUGCUACGGAGAAGGAUCAGACGCGCAAGCCCAGCAGUCUGCGAUCUAUAAUCGCCGGCUCGAGUGCGGGUGCGGUGGAAAUAGCAAUCACCUAUCCAGCAGAAUGUACGGUCUCGACCGAUCCGCGACUACAUGAUUCUAAGAAACUACCAUGGCCACCGUUCGGCAAGCAGUGGUAUGCCGGGUGCACCACACUGAUAAUAGGGAACUCUCUUAAGGCUGGCAUUCGGUUUGUUGCUUUUGACAAGAUCAAGUCCCUCUUGCAAGAUGAAAAUGGCAAGAUCUCCGGCCCAAAGACCGUGAUUGCCGGAUUUGGAGCUGGAUUUACCGAGUCUCUUUUGGCGGUGACACCGUUUGAGAGCAUCAAGACCCAAUUGUCUGUUACCAUCCCGAAUAAGUCUAUCUCGGCCCUGCCGACGUACCUGAAAAGAUGA